GAGAGGACAGAGAGAGAAGAAAUAAACAAAAAAUGAGAUCAGUUUAAGCAUGUUGUCAAAAGUCAUGAACUUUCAGCUGUUUUGAAAUGUAUGGAUGAUUAUUACUGCUGAAUGUAAGGGGAGACUGAAUCUCCUCAAAAAUGUAGGCUAUUUAGAAGGAACAUAAGUUGAUAAAGUUUACUUUUGUUUAAAUCAAUUUGCCCACUAAUGUGCAAAAUUCAGAUCCGUAUAGUGUAAAAUAUGUAUUAUUGUUGUUGUUCACGAGGUAGCCCAAUCACUGUACAAACCACAAUGACACGAAUUAGAAGAGGCUCUCGCUACUAAACUGUCCAAUCAGAAUGCAUAUUCAUAUGACGCAACAUUGUUUGCUUUUAAAAUUUGACCGAAAAAGGCACAAAGGGUUAAAGUGAAAUCCAAAGAAACCAUGCUUUUUAGUAUCCAGAUUAAACUGCCAGAUUAACGAAGAAACUCAAAGCAAGUGAGACUGAACGACAGGGACAGACAUACUUUUCACACAGUGAAGGAGAGGAGGAUGGAGUUCCUUAACGCAUAUCCUUUGCAACUGGAAGUCUUACAGGAUUGGAACGACAUGAGGAAACACAGCAAUCAACACUUUCAAAACUGGCCCAGGAAAGAAGGAGACUGACAGACGUUAUUCUAAGAGAAAGGAGGAAGCUGGACGGGUAGAUGUUCUGUUUUUCUGCACUGGAGCUGAAACAUGGAUUUCAGUGGUCGGGCAAGACCACUCAGUCAAACACAGGAAAUGGAGCCACCCUGAGACAGCGACCCCAGUGUGUGCUCUUGGUUCAGGCUUGUGGAUGGUGUCCUGUCCCUCUGGCCCCUCUGGCUGCGGGUCUGUUGAUCCUAUUGUCUUCUGCAUCAACACUCGUGGUCUGGUGCAUAAAGGGCAUCUGGUUAGCAGCUUAGAGUCUACGGCAGGCAUGAAAAGCAGCCAUCAUAGCCCAUUCGCUCACAUCUGCUCAGUGGUGCGACAAGGACGAGGACUGAGUCUGGGUGACUGGGGGACAGGAGUUCAAUUCGCCCCACAGGGCACCAGGAGCAACAGACUGAACUGGACUCUAUUGAAUUCGCCACUGUGCAAAGCUAAUAUACAACCAUGGGAGACUGGAGCUUCUUGGGUAAUAUUUUGGAGGAAGUAAACGAGCACUCCACUGUGAUCGGCCGUGUUUGGCUCACGGUGCUGUUCAUUUUCCGCAUUUUGAUUCUGGGCACGGCUGCCGAGUUUGUCUGGGGAGAUGAACAGUCUGAUUACGUAUGUAACACUCAGCAGCCAGGUUGCGAGAACGUGUGUUACGACGAGGCCUUUCCGAUCUCUCACAUCCGUCUCUGGGUGUUACAGAUCAUUUUUGUAUCCACACCUUCACUUGUUUACGUUGGCCAUGCUGUCCAUUACAUUCACAUGGAGGAGAAGCGCAAGGAGCGUGAAGAAGCUGAGAUUAGCCACCAACAGGAAAUGGGCGAGGAGCGUGUUCCCCUAGCGACGGAUCAGGGAAGUGUUCGCACCACCAAGGAGACCAGCACGAAGGGUAGCAAAAAGUUCCGACUCGAGGGCACCUUGCUUUGCACCUAUAUAUGCCAUAUCAUCUUCAAAGCUCUGUUUGAAGUUGGCUUUGUGGUCGGCCAAUACUUCCUCUACGGGUUCCGCAUCCUGCCACUGUACAAGUGCAGUCGUUGGCCGUGCCCAAACACGGUGGACUGCUACGUCUCCCGGCCCACUGAAAAGACUAUCUUCAUCAUUUUCAUGCUGGCAGUUGCUUGCGUUUCAUUGUUCCUCAACUUUGUGGAGAUCAGCCACCUUGGCUUGAAGAAGAUCCGCUUUGUGUUCCAUCGACCAGCUCCUGCACAGUUGGAGCCUCUUGGACCACCGGAGAGGAGCUUACCGUUUCUCUUAAACACCCCUGUCCAAAAAGGCAAAGGCUACAGGCGCCUUGAAGAGGAGAAGAAAGACGAGGUUGCACACAUAUAUCCACUAGCUGAGGUCGGUAUGGAAGAGGGCCAGUUCCUUUCACCUCAACUGGAGAAGGAGCAGAAAAGGAGUCAGGGGGCGGUUAUGCCAACAGCUCCACCUGUAGAGGAGACAAUCAUAUGCGAUGAGACUCGACCCUCCUUCGUUCAGGUCACAGAGACACUAUCAGAGCUCCCACCAGAGGAGCUACUUCGGGAAGGAGAUGAGGUAGACAGCUUAAAGGCAGUUUUACCAGAAGUACUGGAGGAGCGAUCAGAGGGGGAAAGUGUGGAGGAAACAUAUUUAAUAUCACUUGAGGAGAGUUUGGAUAUAGAUCUAGGAGAACUGGCCAGUAGAGAGGCAACUGAGGAAAAGUCAGUGAAAGAGAGUAGCUUGGUAGAUACUGAGCCAACACAAGAGGAAAUAAUUUCAGGAGCUGAAGAAGAGAAGGAAAUCUUAGAAGAAUUUGAGGAAAAGGAGGAUAACACCUUUAAGGUCAAGGAAUUAAGAGAAGAAGAGAAUUUACUUGAUGUGGUUGAGGAAGGAACAGAAAUUAAGGCAUCUGACGAAGAGAGAGAACUUUGUGAGAUUGAGCCUUUUGUAAAUGAGGACAUUUUGGAGGAGGUAAAAACUUUAGAUGAUGAGAAGAUUGCUGGAGUUUUGGGGGAACAAGAGUCUGGGGAUUUAGGGGAGGUUGUAGGGUCAAAUUUAUCUGACAUAGAGCCCAUUGGGGAUGAAGUGGAUUUGGGAAAGGACAAAGCUCAGGGGGAUGUAGAAGAUACAGAGGGGGAUGAAGUUCAAAGGGAUGUAGUAGACUCAGGAGUGGGUGGAACUUUAGAAGAUGUAGCUAAUAUAGGACAGGGUGGCGCUCUAGAGGAUUUAGUGGGUGCAGGAAGAAGUUGUGCUCUAGAAGAUGAAAGGAUGGGUAAGGAUGAAGUUUUAGAAAAUCUAAAUGAGAAUAGACCUCUUGAGACUGCAUUUAGUCCAGAUGAGGAGGUUCUAGGUAAAGCUCUAGGACUUUCAGUUGACUCUGAACAGGUGGAAACUUUGGGGAAGGAGGAGGUAUUAUUAGAGAUUGAGGAUCCAGAGAAUAUGAAAGGCUCUAGGGAGUGGGAUAAGAAAAAAGAGGAUUCUGUGGAAAUUGGAGGCCCUGAGAAGGAGUGUUCUGAAGAAUCAAAAGCCUUGAAGGCCAAAGAGGAGGUGAUGGAUGUGCCAUUUGUAGCUCUGGAACUAGAGUCAACAGAGGAAACAAGAUCAUUAAGCCGUCUUAGCAAAGGAAGCAGCAGAGCCAGGUCAGAUGAUCUAACUAUAUGAUUGACCAAACAGAAAUUUAACCAAAGAGUCAAAUAUUUGAUUCCAAAUUUCCCAAGUGCCACAUUAUCAGGUGAACCAGCUUACAAGCAUGUUUUCUAAAACAGGGUUUUUUAAAAUGUGAUGCCAAAUGAUUCUCCCCUUUAUACUGAAGUAUAAAGGCAGCUAUGUGUUUUCAUGCAUAAUGAUUUAUAAUGUGUGAGAAAAAUAUUAUUUCUCCAAAUUUUCCUGAACCCCCUAGUAUCCCUCUGUGGUGCCCUAAGUUUGAAAAUUCCUGUUCUAGAUGAUACAUUUUUACAAAAGUUAAUCUUAAAAGCAAAAAAAAAAAAAAAAAAAAGCAGAGAGAAAAAAAUCAUAUAGCUUAUAGAGGUCAAACUAUAAGCAAUAGCUGCUUUAUAAAAAGUAGCUAAUUUCUCACAGUAAAAAGUAUUAAUGACAUAUUUUCCAAACACUAUUUUAAUUCCAUUUUCAUGUUUUGAAGCUGGAAAACAUAGGUCGGAGAAUACAAGCAAAAAACAAAACAAAAAAUUACAGUCUUGAUUUUAACUAUUUAUUCAUGCAAUUUAUUACAAAUCCACAGGGAUAGUCACAGGGAGUAAAUAAUCUCACAUUCUCCAUUUAUGCCUUAUUUGUCUAUUGUUUAAUUAGUUAUGUUUAUCUAUACAUUUGCCUUUUAUUGUUACAUGCUGAUCCUGGGCCAUAGAAAUAAUUGUUAUUGUUUAUAAAUCUUCUACCGAUUUGUGUAUAACAUUCAUAUUCAUAUCCUUUUCCAUUUACAUCUGAAUUGCUACUGCCAAUGGUUUUCAAAUCCAUUAAAAAGAGUUUUAAAAUGAUAAUUCCAUUAUUUAUUCCAAUAUUUAUGUGGACUGUAUCAUUAAAAAACAAUAUAUAACAAUUAUUUUAUGCUGUGUGCAAUACCUCACCACCCCAUACAAUGAUCCUUUACUGCUUUAUAUGUCAAGAUUUUAUCUGAUAAUAAAGAUACAACAAUGACUGAUGACUAAAAGAGCCCUGCGUUUGUCUUUUGUGCGGUAGGCUAUAAAGCAUUUCACCCAACUAACCCAUGACAUAAUUUCUAUUAAAAUGUAGAAAGAUAAAAAUUAUUUUUGAAGAAAAGGUAUGAAAGUGCACUUCACAGGGUAACACUGGACUGAAAUGGACCUUCUAUGACCUCUAGUGGUCAAAUAUAUGUAGGCUUAAUAACUCAAGGUUUUAACGGAUUAAAUUUCAAAUUAUUUUUUAUUAAAUGAAUAUUUUUAUUUAUUUAUUUAAAACAAAUAACAACCACAGUCCAAAAAGAGAAACUGAAAGUACCACCUUGUCACACAUGGCAAAUCUGGGAAUAUCCACAUGAAGUUGUAACGUCGGUUCAGUUUUGGUUUCGUUUCACAGGGGUAUUCCAGAAAGCAGGCUAUGUUACUU